ACCUUGACCUAUUAGGGUUUCCCUCUGAUUCUUGGCUGUGUGCCUCUCACGUGCUUCUUCAGCCCACAGAAUCCCAGUCCAUGAAGACAGAGGGCAUGCCCCCACCCCGAGCUCACUCACAGCCUCACAGCCUCUGCUGUCAGUCUUUCCUCGGGACACAGACCCGGGCAACUACUCAUCUGCUUCCUGGCCCUGCAGAUUCCUUUGCCGGUUCUAGAAUUUCACUGAAACGGAGUCACACUUUUGGCUUUGUGUUAGCUUCUUUUGCAUGGCCUUUUUUGAGAUUAACCUGAGUUACGUGUGUGGGUAGUUUGUUGUUUUUUGGUAGUUUAUUUUGAUUGCUGAAAAAUAUUCUAUAGUGUGAACAUAUCACGAUCUGUUUAUCCAUGUGCGUUCUAAUGGCCACUUAUGCUGUGCCCAGUCUUGGGCUGUUAGGAAGAAAGCGGCCAUUGUUUUUUUGUGGACACAUGCAGUGAUGCCUCUUAGGUAAAUAGCCAGGAGUGGCACUACUGGAUCCCAUGCAAUGGAAGAGUUAAUAGUCGAACUUCGUCUCUUUCUUGAACUCCUGGACCAUGAAUAUCUAACCUCGACUGUCAGGGAGAAAAAGGCAGUGAUAACCAACAUCCUGCUGAGGAUACAGUCAUCCAAAGGUUUUGAUGUGAAGGACCAUGCUCAGAAGCCGGAGACUGCCAACAGCUUGCCGGCCCCUCCUCAGAUGCCCCUGCCGGAGAUCCCGCAGCCCUGGCUGCCUCCUGACAGUGGGCCUCCACCAUUGCCAACGUCCUCCCUCCCAGAAGGUUAUUACGAGGAAGCCGUGCCGCUGAGCCCCGGAAAAGCUCCAGAAUACAUCACAUCAAACUAUGACUCGGAUGCGAUGAGCAGCUCUUAUGAGUCGUACGAUGAAGAGGAGGAGGACGGGAAGGGGAAGAAAACCCGGCACCAGUGGCCUUCUGAGGAGGCCUCCAUGGACCUGGUCAAGGAUGCCAAAAUCUGUGCCUUCCUGCUGCGGAAGAAGCGCUUCGGCCAGUGGAGCAAGCUGCUGUGCGUCAUCAAGGACACCAAGCUGCUGUGCUAUAAAAGUUCCAAGGACCAGCAGCCUCAGAUGGAACUGCCUCUCCAGGGCUGUAACAUUACCUACAUCCCGAAAGACAGCAAAAAGAAGAAGCACGAGCUGAAGAUUACUCAGCAGGGCACGGACCCGCUCGUUCUUGCCGUCCAGAGCAAGGAGCAGGCCGAGCAGUGGCUGAAGGUGAUCAAAGAAGCCUACAGUGGCUGUAGUGGGCCCGUGGACUCAGAAUGUCUUCCUCCACCCAGCUCCCCGGUGCACAAGGCAGACCUGGAGAAGAAACUGUCUUCAGAGAGACCCAGCUCAGAUGGGGAGGGCGUGGUGGAAAAUGGAAUCACCACAUGUAAUGGAAAGGAGCAAGUGAAGAGGAAGAAAAGUUCCAAAUCAGAGGCCAAGGGCACCGUGUCAAAAGUCACUGGGAAGAAAAUCACCAAGAUCAUCAGUCUGGGGAAGAAGAAGCCGUCCACGGACGAGCAGACCUCCUCAGCCGAGGAGGACGUUCCCACGUGCGGCUAUCUGAACGUGCUCUCCAACAGCCGCUGGCGGGAGCGCUGGUGCCGAGUGAAAGAUAACAAGCUCAUUUUCCACAAGGACAGGACGGACUUGAAGACCCACAUUGUGUCUAUCCCGCUCCGUGGCUGUGAGGUGAUCCCAGGUUUGGAUUCCAAACAUCCUCUGACAUUCCGGCUGCUUCGCAACGGCCAGGAGGUGGCGGUAUUGGAGGCAUCUUCCUCUGAAGACAUGGGCAGGUGGAUUGGGAUUCUACUUGCAGAGACGGGGUCGUCCACAGACCCGGGAGCUCUGCACUAUGACUACAUUGACGUGGAAAUGUCUGCAAAUGUCAUCCAGACAGCCAAACAGACCUUCUGUUUCAUGAACAGGCGUGUUCUAUCUGCUAACCCAUAUCUAGGGGGCACGUCCAACGGCUAUGCCCACCCCAGUGGGACGGCGCUUCAUUACGACGACGUCCCGUGCAUCAACGGCUCGUGGGAACCGGAAGAUGGCUUUCCUGCUUCCUGCAGCAGAGGCUUGGGAGAAGCGGUGCUUUAUGAUAACGCAAGCCUGUACGAUAACUUGCCGUCUCCGAAAAUCUUUGCCCGCUACUCUCCUGCUGACAGAAAGGCCUCUAGGCUGUCUGCUGACAAGCUGUCCUCUAACCACUACAAAUACCCUGCCUCCGCUCAGUCUCUCACUAACACCUCUUCUGUGGGGAGGGUGUCUCUCGGGCUCAGCUCACAGCUCAAGGGUAAAAAGCCUCCAGUGGCAUCUAAUGGGGUCACAGGAAAAGGGAAGACUCUGAGCAGUCAGCCAAAAAAAGUGGAUCCUGUGGCUGGUGUGAAAAGGACGGCUUCGAAUGCUGCUCAGUACAAGUAUGGCAAGAACCGGGUAGAAGCAGAUGCCAGGCGGUUGCAGACCAGAGAAGAGGAGCUGCUGAAGAGGAAGGAAGCCCUGCGGGACAGGCUGGCCCAGCUCCGCAGAGAAAGAAAAGACCUCCGCGCCGCCAUGGACUCCAGCGCCGGCAGGAAGCCGCAGGCGGUCCUGGAGGAGAAGCUGAAGCAGCUGGAGGAGGAGUGCCGGCAGAAGGAGGCAGAGCGCGUCAGCCUGGAGCUGGAGCUCACGGAGGUCAAGGAGAGCCUGAAGAAGGCGCUGGCGGGCGGGGUCACCCUGGGGCUGGCCAUUGAGCCCAAGUCAGGGACGUCGAGUCCACAGUCUCCAGUGUUCAGGCAUCGGACUCUGGAAAACUCGCCCAUCUCCAGCUGUGACACCAGUGACACUGAGGGCCCCGUGCCGGUGAACAGUGCGGCUGUCCUGAAGAAGAGCCAGGCCGCCCCGGGCAGCUCCCCCUGCCGAGGACACGUGCUGCGGAAGGCCAAGGAAUGGGAAUUGAAGAAUGGGACAUAGGGAACAGCAGGACCCCUCCAGCCUCAGAGACUGCACACCCCCUUGCCCGUGUCCUCAUCUGUGUGACGGCAGAAUCCUGCCCUGAGCAGCCUCCGCUGCACGACGCCAGAGGCUUCAUGACUGAGCGCCGAGGCCAGCGCCUCUCACCCAGGCCCACGUGUAUUCUUUCUACUGUAUACCGGCGCCUUUAAAAAAGAUUUACUUGUAAGAUUCUGGUUUCCAACUUUAUUCGUUAAAAAACAAAAACAAAAGUGAUGGAAAGGUGUCUGAAAGGGUGCUGUCAGGCGAAGUGACAUCUUUCUAACCAGUUAAGCCAUUGCUUUCACCCAUUCCAGCCCAGCCCCGGACUGAGGGUGGAUGGAUCUGUGAGCCCCGAAUGAAACCUUGGAUUUUACGCAGAAGAGUUUGGAUCCCUGGCUGCUCUGGGCACGACUGUGGCUGGCAUGUGGGCACUCGACUCCCCUGCAAGCCCACCAGGAGGGCCAGGGGCUUACGCAGUCCUGAUGUGGACUGUGGGUGUGGGCAUCCCCUCCCCACAUGCCCGUCCUCCUUGGCAUCAGCGGUAAAGGCAUGAGAAAAUCGUGCUGUGAAACAUUUUUUACCUUUUAUUAUUUUUUUGGACACAUAGUUUUGUCACCAAGACAUGAAAAGCUGCCGUACUUCUUAACCAUUUUUUAAGAAUGUCUCUUUUUAUUGUGUCACACUUAGAUCUAAGGAUUUUUCAGAGGUUUCUUAUUUUAUUAAUGAUGUGUGCUGCUUUUGAUGGGCAGCAGAGGGUUUAAUCCUUCACUAACGUGUGCCCUCCACCCCCUCAGCCUGGCAUCCCCAGCCCUUAAUUCGCGUGGGAGCCUCUGGGGGCAGGGCUGGCUCCUCGCCGAUGUAUGGGACGUUUACUGCUGUGUGGGGCCAGAGCGGUCCUUUGAAAGGGAAGCAAGAUCUGGAAUGUGUCACUCAUAGAACAUCUUAGAGCAAGAGGCAGGAAUUCCAGGGCCACCUGCCCCUCCGAGGCCCUCCCCUCCUCCGGCUUGUAAAGUUAAACCCCAAGUGUGUUGGUUGGCCUGGCUGCGCACCCUCUCUCCUGAGCGGGGCGGGUGCAGAGCGGGCCUCUUCACUUGCUUGCCUUACGUGCAAUAUUUCUUGGAGAACGCAGAUGCCUAAGGCAUAAAGAAACACCGAGUUGAUAGUUGGGGCUGGUUUCUACCCCCUGGGUUUAAAAAUCAGAUUACCUUCUUGGUCUCCCGGAGACCGCUGUCAGGAAUUCUCCCUUUUGGAAAGAUGCAGUCAGCGAUGAGGAACUAGCAGCCCCCGAAAGCCUGUGCAGGCAGAUUCACGGAGCCCAGUCCCAGCAGCGACCGCCGCUGCCCCAGCAUAGAAUCUGAGGUGCUACACUUGGCGCAAGCCUUCUGUCCACCAUCCAGAAUGUCCUCCUUAUCACACAUAGGAAGAGAUGGCAGGAAAACGCAGCCCCCUUGACGUCCCCCAGACACUUUCAGAGCCCAUCCUGGCGUCAGCCGCGUGGUGCACAGGACUUUACAGUUAGGAUUCAUGUUUAGUGUCGUAGCACUCGAGGCCUGCGAGGGCCACGUCGGAUGACUCUAGCGGGAAAGUGGUCUCCCGUGUAUAAGAAAGUUUUACAACAAGAAUUGGAAGCUGCUUCAUUUGAGUCCGCCUGAAACUUGAAUUGAUGACAAAGCCAUCUGCCGGGAGCAUUUGGGGUUCCUGAGCCAUCGGCUGACGUUCCCUGUCUGAUGCGCCUUCCUCCCUGCCUGGUCAGCGGAGGCCCAUCACACCAGCAUCCGUGACGCCAGCUUCCCGCUAGGAUAUCCAGGCAGGGGGGCACAGCCGCCACAGGCCCCAGGGCCAUCCACUGUGCUGACACAGAGGAGCAUUCCCUCCGGUGGUGACUUCCCACCAUCGCAGGCGGCUGGGACCGCGUCUAUCACACAAGGAGAAUCUUCUGUGAAGGGAAAGAAGCUUGCUCCACCUUAGAGUUUUGCUGCCUUCGAGUCAGUUCUCCAGGUUGAGGCCCUGGGGCUGCUCUGAUUGGCAGCCUGCUUUGCCCACGAGAACUGUGCACGGCUGUGGUGGUUAGUGAAAGAAGGGGGAAGUGGCCAGCCUGAUGUCCUGGUCCUGGCCCAGCACAGGUGGGCAGCAGCAAGCUGGUGGGUGAAGCAUGAGCCGCAUGCCACGUUUCAAUCCUCAGCUGUCACCCACCAGCUUCCUCACAAGGCGAGGAGGCCCUGGGGCCUUAGCAAGAACUUGCCCCAGGGCACGGCCAGUUGGUGCUAGACUCCCAGCACGCAUAUUUGGUUUAAAAACCCAGGUUUGUAAUUCACUUCCACAACCAUAAGCCUUUUAAAGAGGAGGCAAACUUUGAAUCCCAGCGUGGUCCGUGGCGCCUUUCAAAAUGAGUGCUCUGGAAGUGGGGGCCCUGACAUUGGAGGCCUUUGAGGCCAGAUUUCCCUUGAAAUUUUGCAUUUGAUCAGAAUGUUUAAAGCAUUUGCUUCAAAAUAAGUUAUUUAUUUGUAUAUGUUCAAUCAACGUAGUUUUUAAUUUAUAUCUGUACAUAUUAGACACAGGAGCCAUCUUGCCAGAGUUCUGACGGUGGUCUCAUUUUCUUACCCUCCCAAAACAUGCCCCAGGAACGAGUACCCUUGCCGCUGUGGCAGCAGCGAGUGUGACUAUCUGACUUUGUAAUGAAGCCAGGCUGGGGGCAAGAAGCCCGACAGGCAGGCCAGGGUCCCCGGAGAAGCUGGGUUGUGGGGGGCAGAGGCCUGACAGGCAGGUCAGGGUGCCUGGAGGAGCCAGGCUUGGUGGGGGCAGAGGCCCGACAGGCAGGUCAGGGUCCCUGGAGGAGCCAGGCUUGGUGGGGGCAGAGGCCCGACAGGCAGGUCAGGGUCCCUGGAGGAGCCAGGCUUGGUGGGGGCAGAGGCCCGACAGGCAGGCCAGUCCCCGGAGAAGCCCGAUUUCUUUGCAAUGUCACCAUUACUUAGCAGAUCGUCAUGUUUGCAGGGGGCUGGCCAGCUGUAAGGGCGCUGACCAGAUUACGGGGAACACGGUGGCCAGAGGACUGGUCAGGUGUGGAGCUGACCGACCCUGCGGGGCUCAGGGCUCCUUCCAUUCUCACCCUGAGCCACAGUGUCCCUCUUCAGGGCUCCACUCCUGCCUGUAUUUUGGUAAUGGGUCAACAGCCUUCAACCUCCAUUUGUAUAUUUUUAUGAUAUACUUAAAUCACUAACCAACUUCUUCCGUAGAAACAACUCUCAGAUUAGAUGGCUUGCUCUGGUCCCCGUGACUUGGGCACAGGCAUGGGCCGUGGGAAGAUCUCGGGCAAGGCCCGUCUGUCUGCAAGGCCGGUAGUUCCCUCCCUCGGCUUCCAGAGGCUGCGGAGGCUGCAGGGUAACCAGUGUGGGUCUGCUGAGUCACCCCAGGCGCCAGACUCGCCCCAGGAGUGUGGGCCGCCAUCCACGGGGCCGUUCCUGAGCCUUGCCCUUGGGUCUGGCAGGAGGCCAUUUUUCAGCAAUGGGUCUGUCCCAUCUCACCCCUCCAUACCUGUGCCCUGGCAUGGCCAGGCCUAACCUUCCCCUUUAUCUUAUUCGUCCCAAGAGUUAUUAUUGGCCAUUUCUAAGUAGACAGAAUGACCCUAAAAGGUGGAGAUGUACGCCUUUUGAAAAGUCUGUUUCAGAAAGUGUGUCCUUGGCUCUGAGGCCACCCCCAGGAAGGAGGUUGAGGUUCAUUGUCAUCCUGGCCACAGUUUGGUGCUUGUGUGUGGGAUUCAGAGGGCAGCACUGAAGCCAGGGUGAGGUGUAGGGGUUGUGGGCAAAGUUCCCUUGCUUGUGGGCACACCUUACCUUGCCACAAGCGGCUGCUUACUCACCCACUGUUUGGGGGGAUGUAAAUUUUGCCCACGGAUGAACUUCGUUACCCAGGCGAAGUGCUCUGUUCAUGCACCUAACUCAUGUCAUUGGACACCUUCCAAGGAUGGGCAGCCUGCAGCGGGGCCGGCGACCCCCAUCCAGCAAAAAGGCACCUUGGGGCGCAGGGCAGGGCUGACACCCUGAGCUCACAGGGGGCCCUGCGGUCCGGCACAUGGCCAUCCUUCAAACAGCCUCUUCUCGGGGCACAGCCCUGGGGGUCUCUGAGUAUGCUCUGCAACUUACCUAAGGUCAUGGCAAUAUUUAAAUGUUAAACUAUUGGCUUCCUCUUUUCCUAAAAUAAUUUUCUAGUUCGAAAGAGGAGAAAUCAUUUUUUCCGGGUUGUUACUGUCUCCUUAUCCCUGUGAUGGGCUGGAUUCAUACUGUGAAAUAAACUAAAAUGAAACCAAAAUGUUCCUGCCAUAAACACGUGGCAUACACUGUGGAAAAAGCAAAGCUGCCUCGAUUUGUGAGUCCCCAUGCCAUAGCAGGGCGGUUCAUCGUCUGUAAAGGAAGGGAAGCUGCACCCAGGAAGUGUGGCUUCAGAUAUGUCCUCCCCCGGAGUCCAUGAAGCCCCUUCCAGCUCUGGUCUUCCAGAAAAUCUCCGCUGUACCGUGCACAAGUAUUACUGGGUGUUUUUAGUUGUAGCCAUGGAAGAUACUUUCAAGAUGAGAUCUUCAGAUCAUAAUUCUUAGGGACCAAAGGCAUUUUUAAUGAGAUAAUCUUUCUGAUUUUCUAACAGGAAAGGAAAUACUCACUUUAAAUUUUAACAUCAACUUUUAAAUGAGAGCUAUUCAGAAUUGAUUGACCAUGGUGAUAGGUUGUAAAAUGUUUUCAUAUUAAGAAUGUAAUUAUUUCCUUAUUGUAUUUUUUAAAAGCUAAAGUCCUAUUUAAAAUUCUCUUUGAAAGAAACAAAGAAACAGCAAAGAUUUUUUUAAAUUAAAUAUGUUGGUAGUGCCCAUUUUAAAUGACUGUAAAUAUAUUUUCACUGUUUCUCAAUGUAUUUAAUUCAUAAAGUAAAAAUUUUAUGAAAAGAAACUUGCAAUGAAAAUCCUAGUUUUCAGUCCACGGGCCCCAUUUUGUAGCUUCACUGAAUUUCCUGCUUUCCUCGUUGAUUUUUCUACUGUUUCACGUGGUGUAACCGAGACUGGCGCUCUUGGCGUGCCUCUUUGUGUAUGAAUAAACUUGUCUCCCCGA